AUCCUCUCUUCCUUUUUCACAUAUGGCAACACCAUAUCUCAGCGGCCUCGAUGGCUUCACAUCUGGCACACUUGACAGCCCCGUCACACCGGGCGGCGACGGCGUCUCUGCGCGGCGCACGAAUGCCCUGAGCACAAAACUCACCGGCGUGCUCUCCUCAUCAUACGCCGACUACGAGAUCCGCGAUGCCUUGCGCCUGCUCGAUGCCCGCGGCGUGCACAAUGACGAAGAAACGAGGCGCAAUCUCAAACUCAAUGCUCAAAAGGAAGUCAUCGACUGCAAUGCGAAAAUUGUCGACGAUUUCGGCCAGGUCGCAGAGCAACUUCGCCGCGUCGGCUCUCUACUGUCCACCUUCAACGCAACAUGCACUUCGAUGCGCGAGCACAUCAUCGCCGCGAAACAGGAAUCCGCACCCGUCCUUGACGAAGCAAGCACACUGAUCUCUCGCAAACAAGAAACCGAGACAAAGCAAGCCCUCCUCGACGCCUUCACUACACACUUCCUCAUUUCCAAUGCCGACUUGACCGUCCUCACAAGCUCCGCUGAGCCCCUAGAUGACCGCUUCUUCAGUAUCCUCGACCGUGUCAAAACUAUUCAUCGUGACUGCGAGGCCCUACUCGGAUACGAUGGCGAGAACCAGCGCCUCGGUCUCGAGUUGAUGGAGCAGACAGCAAGAAAUUUGGAUGCCGGGUUCAAAAAGCUGUACACCUGGAUUCAGCACGAAUUUAAGACGCUGGACCUCGAGGAUCCGCAUAUCAGCACGGCGAUCCGGCGUGCGUUGCGAGUACUAAGUGAGCGCCCAACGCUGUUUCAAAAUUGCCUGGAUUUCUUCGCCGAGGCGAGGCAGUCCACCCUCGCGGAGGCGUUCCAUGCGGCGCUCACAGGCUCUGCGGGCGCAGCCAAGGCGAUUGAAUUCUCCACGCACGAGCCGCUGCGAUACGUGGGCGAUAUGCUUGCUUGGGUGCACGCCGCGGGAGUGUCGGAGAAGGAGGCGCUCGAAGGUCUGUUCGUUGGUGAUGCAGAUGAUAUUUCGAAGGGGUUUUCGUCGCGAACGGAUGAUGAGCCAUGGGCGAGGGUCCAUGGGCGACGAAGGAGCGCAUUCGAAGAUGAGGGCGACGAGGGCGAGCGAGAUCCUGUGUUCGACGGGCGAAAGGCUUUGGCCGAGCUUGUCUCUAGGAAUCUGGCGUCUGUGUGCGAGACAUUGCAGUCGCGGAUUGAUGUGUCAGUCCGGAGUAGCGGGGACCCGGUCCUGAUGUUCAAGACCUUCAAUCUACUCGACUUCUACAGAGGCAUCUUCGACAAACUGCUUGGUUCGGAGUCUGCGUUGGGCAAGGUCAUUCAAAGCUUGCAGUCUUCCACGCUCUCGCAAUUCGAGGUGACGAUGGAGGAAGAGACCACUGCCGCGACCAUGGACAAUACGCCGUCUAGCGAUCUGAGUCCGCCCGUCUUCCUGGCUACGGCGUUGACCCAAUUCUCAGAAGUCGCGCGAGCUCGAGGGCCUCAGAUGACCGAGACGGAGUUGGAGCGUCUGUUUACUGCCAUGCUCACGGGUCUAUUGACGGCAUGUGCCGAAUCAGCGGCGCAGAUUCCAGAUGUCAGGCGCAGUAAUAUCUACAGGAUCAAUUAUAUGACGGCUCUGAAAACAAGUAUGGCUGCCGUGUCGGCUCAGGUGCCCGUGGCGCAGACACCUCUCGAGAAGGCAGGCUUGGAGAUACAAUCACUCCGCGACCAGCUCGUUGAAAUGCUCACCACAUCGCUGUUGGAAGACUCUGGGAUCAGAGACUUGAUGCAGGAACUCGACACACGACGCAGCCACGAACCUCCGACCCGCAGGGCAUGGCUAAACACAAAUCUUGAUGAAGCCGCACAACGAUUGGACAAUUUCUUGUCUUCGGCGCUGAUGGAUGCACAAGAGAGCUUGAAGAAUCUUUUCGACCGGACACUGGCCCAAAAUAUAGUCUCCGAGGCAGUUGAGAGAUUCUGCUCAGAAUUCGACGAGCUGGAGGGCAUGUUGGACAUGGUCGAUGCCGAAUCCGGCGAGUUAGAUGGAGAACGCUUCGAGGAUGUCCCAGAUCAUGACACCUCAUUGAGGGAACUGUACCCACGCACGGGAGCUGAAGUGAGAGCACUUCUAAGCUAAUGACAACGACUUUGAUGCUUCAAAGGACAGACAUAGAAACUUUCAAUAAACACCAUAUGGCAGUGACGGACGAUUAGAU